AUGCCUAAACAAAAGAAAAAGACACAAAAAUUAACAAGUCCAGGGGCAGGUGGAAGGGGGUCCGGAGGAGGGCACCCCCCCCUAACCCCAGCCGGUACUCCUGGACAGGAACGUGAGGCGCUGGGGAACCGUCGCCGCCGUCUGCUGGACAGGAACGUGAGGCAGCUGGGGAACCGUCACCACCUCCUGGACAGCAACGUGAGGGAGCAGCACCAUCGCCAACUCCUGGACGGGAGCGUGAGGCGGCGGCGGCAUCACCACCUCCUGGACGGGAACGUGAGGCGGCGACGAUGCCAUCACCACCUCCUGGAUGGGAACAUGAGGCGGCGGUCGAGCCAUCACCACCUCCUGGACGGGAACGUGAGGCGGCGCCGGCGGCGCCAUCACCGCCUCCUGAACAGCAACGUGAGGCCGCUCCGGAGCCAUCGCCACCUUCUGGACGGGAACGUGUGGGUGUGCCAGUCGCAGUCGAAGCAGGAGUGUGGAGCGACCGCGGACCGGUUGCCACCGGUACUCCUGGACACGGACAAGAAGCAGCUGCGAAGACAUUGCCACCUCCUGGACAGAAAGGUGAGGUGGCGGCGGAUCGGUCUCCACUGCCACGUGAGUUCUGCUCAGCAGCGGAUCAGUGGCCAAUGCAGCGUGAGCCUGCAGUGAAACAGCCAAAACCGCUACAUGGGCGUGGCGAGGUGGCGGAUCCGUUCCCACUCCAACGUGCGCUUGGCUCGGAAGCGGAUCAGUGGCCACCGCAGCGUGAGCCUGCAGUGAAACAGACAAAACCGGGGUGUGGGCGUGGCGGUGCGUCGGUUGCCACAACGGCGUCAACGAGAGUAAGCAACGAGUCCGCUGUAACCGUGACGUCGGUGUAGCUCGGCUGAUUCUCCAAUCCCUGUUGAACCUGGGCCGUGAGGAUCGCCGAUUCGGCACUCUGCCGCUCUAUCUCCGCCCGCAUUUUGCGGUAGAACACCUCGUGAUUUAGCGGCCCCUCCUCCCUCUGCGGGUCUGCUAGUUUAACCAUUGCCGGUGAGGAGUGGGUGGAUGAGGACGGCGUCUUUGUUGCCGCGCAGCGCAAGGCACAUGGGAGCGCCCAGCCUGGGCGUCUCCUCUGGCCACCACGCGGGGGACCCCCCGGGUAGAUGGCAUGAGUCGGGAGACACAGACGCAAUUCGGGAAAAACGUUUAUUAUUCCAAGGUCGGGGAUCGGGCAGGCAGUCAGGUGCAGCAGUGGUAGUCAGGACGUCGGGCAUGGAGGGCAGGUCCGUGGGUAGUAAAGGAAAUGAAAUGUAUAAAAGUUAAUCAACAAGGCGAUGUAUUUGCAAUACUGCUUAAUGUGUGAAAGUCUGUGGAUGAAAAGUUGCAGUGUGAGAAUGUGGCAAGAAAGUGAUUACAGCAGAUAGUGUGCUAGAACGGAAUGUUCUCGACGGUUGGGUGGUGAUGACCACAAUCAGCAGGUGUGACGCGACGCGACGCUUGACCCAGGCGACGACGCUUGACCUAGAGGGAGACUGGAGCAACAAAACAUCAACAACCGCAGGCGGGAGGAGUUGGGCCACCAUCCUGCGGACCAAAGAAGACCAAUGAGAGAGCGCCAAGGAUAACUGCAGGAGACACAUAACCAAUAGUGAAUUAGUAGAUUGUACUUUUAAAUUGUCCUGGGCAACUCGGAUGUGAAGUAUGUCGGCUGGAGGGAACAGAGACGUACAGGGUUGUAAUGAGAGGGACCCGAGACCCAGGUUUUUGUUGAAGGAAUAAAUCCACUCGCGUGUGAAAACGCCGGCUUCCUGGUUCUUUCUUUGCAAAAGAGAGCGCAAAUUGUUGGAUGAGUGGUGGUCGGGUAAGGUCACAAUUUGGAGUCAGAUGAUUAACGGACUUUUAUAUUGAUCUAAAAAUAAUAUCCAACAAUUCUUGGUGACUCCGACGUGAUGCAAGAAAGGUAAAGAAAUCUGGGACUUAGCGAAAACCACAGAGUCUGGGAAUCAGGGUGUGGGACCCACGUCCACACCAGGUGACGAGCUAAUAAGAAAGCCCCGAAUCCGACCUUCCUUCCUCGAGUGGCCACAUCGAAAAGUGUGUCUGCACAGGUCACGGAAAAGGCGGCUGUCGACACUUCGUCAACACCACGGGAUCCCGACAUUACGCCAUGCGUCUACCUCUGAGUGCUGUCCAGGAAGUGGACUGACCCUCGCUGGAAAGGACCGUUUAGGGUUCUGGCUAGAACCUCACACGCCAUCCAAUUGGAGACCAAGGGUCAUAAGUGGUAUCAUUACUCGCAGUUGAGACCGGCACCUGACUUUGUACCUGACAAUGGUGAGCGUGAAAGUUGACUGCCCGGACGGGCAGGUCAAGAGAGGGAAGGUGAAGAUGAUCAUGAUUGAGUCUAAAUCAAAGAUGUCAACAAUGUCAACAAUUUCUGUGCCUGAAAAACAAUUAACAAUGUCAACAAUAUCUGUGUCUGGAAAACAAUAAGGACGCGAAUGUCUUUUACGAUUACGAUUUUAUUGUUUUGCCUCGUAUCAAUAUGCUUUGUGUGGACCAUGCUGGCGCUUGAAUCUGUUAUACAGGAUGAAAGAAGUGGAGUGACUGUGGACAGCAAUGGAACGGUGUGGUAUGAGGCACGGCAAGGUGGUGGUGCUGAGCUGACACAGACACAACAAAAACUGAUGAGUUUAAAAUGUAAUCAACCGACACAGGUGAGCACGUGGGGGAGCCUUUUCAAUUGGUACGCUGAAUGGCUGAGUAUGUUUGGAAGCUACAAAGGUUUGAUCGGCUCUGUGCUAGUUUCUAUUGCUGUGUUUGCGGCUAUCAUGGCGCUAUGCGCAUGUUGCUGUAUACCAUGUAUUAGGUCUCUCACAGUCCGGACAAUCGAGCGGACCCUGGGACCGCUCCCACCAGGUGGACAGUACAUGAUGCUUCCACAGAAGGACCCCAGGGAGGAGCAGACGGCUGUCGCCCUCCGGGAGUUUGGAGUGUGAAUUGUCGGUGGUAUGGCCUCAGUGGGCUGAGGCCAUGAGAGGGAAUAAAGGAAAUGAAAUGUAUAAAAGUUAAUCAACAAGGUGAUGUAUUUGCAAUACUGCUUAAUGUGUGAAAGUCUGUGGAUGAAAAGUUGCAGUGUGAGAAUGUGGCAAGAAAGUGAUUACAGCAGAUAGCGUGCUAGAACGGAAUGUUCUCGAUGGUUGGGUGGUGAUGACCACAAUCAGCAGGUGUGACGCGACGCGACGCUUGACCCAGGCGACGACGCUUGACCUAGAGGGAGACGGGAGCAUCAAAACAUCAACAACCACAGGCGGGAGGAGUCGGGCCACCAUCCUGCGGACCAAAGAAGACCAAUGAGAGAGCGCCAAGGAUAACUGCAGGAGACACAUAACCAAUAGUGAAUUAGUAGAUUGUACUUUUAAAUUGUCCUGGGCAACUCGGAUGUGAAGUACGUCGGCUGGAGGGAACAGAGACGUACAGGGUUGUAAUGAGAGGGACCCGAGACCCAGGUUUUUGUUGAAGGAAUAAAUCCACUCGCGUGUGAAAA